GGCGGGGCCUGAGCACGCGCGGCCAAGAUGGCGGCUGCGGGCGGCGGGCGGCGCAGCGGACACGGCCGGCUCUGACCGGGCCGCUCCACGGCGCGGCGGGAGGGCGCACGGAGGCCUCCGCGGGGCAGUGUCGGCCGGCCGGGGAGUAGACAGAGCCCCCCUUCGGGGGGGGAAUUGUGUGCGGAAGGCGAGGGCCGCUGCCGGCGAGCCCGGCCGUGAGGGGCCGGCGAGCGGGGCGUGAGGGCGGGAGCCGGCCCGGAGGGGUGAGGCGGCCCGCGGCGGUGGGAGGGCGAGGGGCCGGGCUGAGGAGGGGCAGCGCGGGCUGAGGCGAGGCUAGCCGAGCCGGCCGGCGAGCAGGGGAAGGCUGGCUCCCUGCGGCGGGCGCUCGCAGGGCAGGCGGCGGCUGCGCCGGUGGCUCCCCGCGUUCCUGGCUCUUGGCUGCUGGGCGCCCCACGCCAUGUUCUCGGUGCUCUCCUAUGGCAGGCUGGUGGCCCGGGCAGUCCUGGGCGGCCUGUCGCAGACGGACUCCCGUGACUACAGCUUGGUGACAGCCAGCUGUGGCUUUGGCAAAGAUUUCCGCAAGGGCAUCCUCAAGAAAGGCAUGUGCUACGGAGACGACGCCUGCUUCGUGGCCCGGCACCGGUCGGCUGAUGUGCUGGGGGUAGCAGAUGGUGUAGGUGGCUGGAGAGACUAUGGGGUCGACCCUUCUCAGUUCUCAGGGACUCUAAUGCGAACGUGUGAACGUUUAGUAAAAGAAGGACGGUUUGUACCAAGUAACCCUGUUGGGAUUCUCACCGCAGGUUACUGUGAGCUGCUGCAGAACAAAGUACCUCUGCUUGGAAGCAGCACAGCCUGUAUAGUCGUUCUGGACAGGACAAGUCAUCGUUUACAUACAGCCAACUUGGGAGACUCUGGAUUUUUGGUAGUCAGAGGAGGGGAAGUAGUCCAUCGAUCCGAUGAGCAGCAGCAUUACUUCAACACUCCGUUCCAACUGUCCAUAGCUCCACCAGAAGCAGAAGGUGUUGUCUUAAGUGACAGCCCUGAUGCUGCUGAUAGUACUUCAUUUGACGUCCAACUUGGAGACAUUAUUUUGACUGCAACAGAUGGACUGUUUGACAACAUGCCUGACUACAUGAUUCUGCAGGAGUUGAAAAAGCUGAAGGGGGAAAACCAGACGACAUCACCGUCCUUCUGUCUAUAGUAGCCGAGUACACAGACUGAGCUGCCCGCAGCGGCAGCCCCUGUUUGCACCCCCAGCUCGAGCCCCACACCCGGUUUCCUGCUGGCAGGAUCCUUCCUUCCUUCGCAGCCGAGCUCGGCAGCCGGUUCUCGAGCUCGCGGCCUGAAGCCCUUGUGAAGAACCACUCUCAUAGUACACUGGUCUUUGUCUGCCAGCAAGAGAUGAAGAAGCUCAAGGCUUGAAAAGCAUGUGUCUCGGAGCUCAAAAAGGGGGAGGAUCGAUCCCAAGUCGUUACUGCAUUUGAAAUGUGACUUCCUUUCAAAGGAGUAGAAUUGGUUUCUCCUCUUUCAAACUAGAUUCAAUAGCUACCACCUCUCCAGGAGGGCAUAUUACUCUACUUACUAGAAACGUUCACUAUUCAUUAGAGGGUAUGUUACAGAACACAGUUUCAUAAGCAUAGUCUUGUUACAGUGAUAGCUGAGGUUUCGUGUUUCUAAGCUCCGGUUUUCAGGAGAUUUCUACCUGCUGUAAACAUUCUGCUCUUGCCAUCCAUGGUGUCAGCCUUAGGAGCCUUUUCUAGUACGGGAUUUCCAAGACAAAAAUCCAUACUUAGUUCAAGUUCUAUGGAUGCAAAUGUGUUUUGUGAUUUCAGGUGCUUUAACUGUGAUCUUAAGGAGUUCUGCAGAUCAUUUGUCCGUGACGGGCCUGGUAUCGAGGUGUUUGGGCUGUGGAGGAUUUUAAUUUAGUUUAAUUUUGGGUCAUUUUCUUAAGUACAAAUUUUAGCUCAGCGCCAGCAAACUGAGCGGGGCAGAGCUGAGGCCCCUGCAGCAUCCGACCCCAUCGCACCGGCGCGAGGUGAUGCGGCACCGAGAACAGCUCCUCCUCAGCUCUGCCCUCGCUUCCAGCAGCUGAUGCUGUUGUUAACGAAGCUUAAUUUGUGUUUGGAGUUGCCACUUGCUCGGGUAGCACAGAGCGUGCUGCACCCGUUGAGGUCCAGUGGAUCCCUUGCCUCGCAGACGAGCACCUCUCUCUGCUUCUGCUGUGGCAGCAGCAGGAAGUACAGAACCUAUUAAUGAAUAAUCAGCUAAACUUACAUUUCAGUAACUCGAGUUUAGGGUUUGGGGAAUGAACCUUAAUGAUGUUUACAGUUCUCUAACAGCCACUUUGCAAUAUGACAUUUCCCUUUGAAUGACCGUAGCUCCCGUUUGUUCCCCCCCUCUUCCAGCAAGCUUUCCUUUUCCUUUCCUGAGGUUCAUACAAAACAAGCUGAUAGCUGUAAAGAUAUAUAUAUUUUUGGUCAGGUUUUUGUUGUUUUUUUUUUCCAUUAACUUUUUUGCUGGUAGAAAAGUCUGUAGAAAUAAAUUAAAGCCAUGUUUUUAUAUCUAAAAAGUCGGGUAAUGUUGCUGUUUAGGUGAGUGCAGUUAAACUCGGUCAGUAAGUAAUCUUACCUGCUCUCCAGAGGAGAUUUUUUACUACCUGGUUUAUUGUAUUAAAACUGUUUAAGUUUGAGGUUACCUCAACUUGUGUAAAAGAAUUUUUGUGGACUUGUACUGUAUAUUUGCGUAACUAUGUCAAGCUUUUAUUUAAGGUCAUUUAACAUGUACCAUGUACAUGUCAUUUUACUAUAUUUCAAUGCACCAUGCUUGUAACAGGCAUUUCAGUUAUAAUAAGUGAUUAAUUUGGAAGCUCUUCAGUAAUUUAUCUGCUAUUCCUAAAUUGGCGUCACGUUAGCGAUGGAUUUUGCAUCACCUUGUGAUUCCUUGUCAAAAUGCCUUAACCACCCUAACUUGACCAAAAUCUGAUUUUGGUGAGGGUACGGGAGGAUGAUGUUAAUGAAGAAUCCCUGCGUUUUGUGCUACCUGGAGCAGUGAGUGGUGGAGAACUUUGCACAAAUUGCCAGUCCUUGUUGUUUUCCACAACGGAACAAGCUGUUCCCGGCUGUCUCCUAGAAGGAAUGUAUCCACGCUGCAGCACAGGGCUUUGUUUCUUGCGUUUGGGAGGGACUUUUCUCUCUCAAAUCUUGGGUGUCUUUUACAUUUUAUUCUCCAGUAUUUCCUGUCGCGCUUCUUGAUUAGAGCGGGUUUGAUCAACUCUUCUUUCCCUUCACCUUCCCUUCAAGCGAUGCCCCUGUAGGCCCAGGCUGCUGCACCCUCACCCCUCGCUCUCACUGCGCUCAUCCCCAGCCCUCGGUAGGUUUUCCCCUUCUCCGCUUCCUCUAGAGGUAGGCACGGGGAGACGUUUGCGGAGCGGACGGAUGCGGAUGGUGACGGCGCUCGUCUCCUGCGCUGUGCUCUGCCGCUGCGGCGCCGGGAUCGGGAAUUCCCGAUGGAAGGCCAUUGGCCACUGAGCAGUACCCACAAAGCCGUUUGCCUCAUAUCACACCAUGAUUCUAGUUUUUUGUAUUAUUAAGAACAAAUUGGGGUUUUGAUUUACAAAUCAUGAGUUUAUCCCUCACCGGACACACCAAAGACCAGUAAAGCUUAUAGCUUUUCCAUCUGUUUAUAAAGCAAUACUGUAUUAUAAAGAAUUGAUAUUUUUAUCACAUGCUUGAUUGUUUUGGGGUUUGUUUUUGUUUUCCUUUACUUUCAGAUGUGCACUCGAAACAUAUCAAACCUGAUUUCUUCCUAUGAACUUAAGCUGUCUGCGCACAACAAAUUUCAUGGAAAAGGAAAUGACAGGGCCCAUCCUAUCAAAAUCCUUGUAAGCGAUGCAUGAAGCAGUAACACUUCCUAGGAAUUAGCAUAUUGUGGCUACUCACGAGAGGAGCGUACAAGGGCGUUUGUGCCAUGGAAGCGUGCGUGAGCGGAGCACGGGCUGACUCCCAGCUGCACGGAGGGGUUCUGGUUGUGGUCAGGAGCUGGUGGAUCUGGAGCGAUGAGCUGAAGGAGGAGUUUUAUACAUCAGUGACACUGAACACCCGGGGCUGGUGGGAACUGGGGUUCCUGCAGCGUUGUUGGGUGUUUGGACAAACCAGGGCUGAGAUGUGGUGAAUUGGAAUAACUCUGUGGUUCUUUGCUCCUUUUACAGCUAUCUUUGGGAGAGCUGCGCCAUCCAGCUUCCCUCCAAAUGUACUUUCUUGGUGUCUAUAAAGAAGGUUAAAUGGCUAAAAAACCCCAAAAAGCUGAUCUUGGGACCAGGCAGUUGCAGUGAGUCAAAGAGAAGGGGGAGAGGUGAGGGUCUGGCAAAGGUGUGGAGGAUUUUGUGGUGGAAUCUCCAUCUGUUGGCAAUGGAUAUCCCUUCUCUGUGGAAAAACCCAGCUGUGUGGGUAGGAAAGGGCUGUAUGAAGUAGGUUCUCACAAAGAUAGCUGAAGUAAUGAAGCAAAUCUGAGUCUGUAUCUAAUGAGGAUGCUUUGUUGUUGUUGUUAAAUGAGACUAUCAUCUAUGCUUACCUAAGAAGCAAUUAUGUGAAUUUCAUGUCUGAGGUAUAACUUAUGCAGGAAUAGUUCUGUAAAUACAUUUAAAUGAAUUGUAAAGAUAUUUAAUAAAUAUAGUAUUUAUACUAAAA